AUGGCUAUAAGUCAAUUGCCACCAAAGCUUAAGGAUCCAGGGAGUUUCACGAUUCCUUGUAACAUUGGUAACACAUUUUUAGGUAAAGCUUUAUGUGAUUUGGGUGCUAACAUAAAUCUAAUUCCAUUGUCAAUAUUUAGGAAAUUCAGAAGCGGCGAAGCAAGGCCCACUAUGGUUACUUUACAACUUGCUAAUCUCUAUACCGUACAUCCUAGUGGUAUUGUGGAAAAAAUGCUUGUGCGAGUGGACAAAUUUAUCAUUCCUAAGGAUUUCAUCAUUUUGGAUUGUGAAGCGGACAAAGAUGUCCCAAUUUUUCUCGGCCGCCCAUUCCUUGCUACAGUCUUUGGGCAGGAUUUUGAGAAGUGUUUGAGCAAUUUGGCUGCAGUUUUAAGAAGAUACGAGGAGACAAACUUAGUUUUGAAUUGGGAAAAUGUCAUUUUAUGGUUAUGGAAGGUGGAAGUUGUAGCCUUGCCAAACAGCAGUGCUAAAGCAGUUUUGCUAUUGUUGCAUAAAAAUAUUUUCACUCGCUUUGGAAUACCUCGUGCAUUUAUCAGUGAUGAAGGAUCCCAAUAUAUUGGUCAUCAACAAAUCCUUGAGAAAGUUGUGAACCCUUCUCAAAAGAAUUGGUCCCAACACCUUGAAGAAGAACUAUGGGCUUAUAGAACUAUUUAUAAGACUUCAUUGGGAAUGUCCCUUUAUCGUCUUGUUUAUGGUAAAGCUUGUAACUUACCGGUGGAGUUGGAGCAUAAAGCUAUAUGGGUGCUAGAAAUGCUGAAUUUUGAUUUACAUGUUGCAGGCAAAAAUUGGAUGCUGGAGCUCAAUAAGCUAGAGAAACUCUGA